UGGUCGUGGAUUUCACUUAACUAGAUCACUAACUCUCGCGAUUCGCCGCCAGUAGAAAUCUCAUGUGCUGCCAUCUACCGUGGAAAAUGCAACUAACGCUGUGAACCUAUUCUAAAUCCGAUUUCCAGCACAUGACGAAUUCUGAUUGACUAAUGGAGAAUCAGUUCUAACGUUAGAAAUUCCUAGAAAAAGUGAAAUGCAAAACUAACAUGGCGCACUACAGUAACUGGAUUAAAAUUAAUUCCUGUCAGUUCUGUCCUUUAAUUUACUUUAAUUGGUGGUGCAACAGGAACAGAGAAGUGCAUCAAAUAUUCUUCGAGAGAACAGGAAAAGCUGUUGACAUUAAUUAUUAUUUCACAUUUCAAGUAUGCAGAGCGCCUGGAGAGUCGGGAGCAUGGACGGCGGGAGGGUGUACGUGAGCGGUCUUCGUUGAGCGGAGCGUAAUCGUCUGAAUUCGUCGCAUUAACGUAAUUCCACGGCGAGGUCGUCGAGGCGUCGCCGAGACGAUACCACGGUAUCGAGGUCGAGAAGCGAAAGGAGGGACGAAGAGAGUCCACGAUGACGGCGACCGACAGCAUGGAACCGAGGAAGAGGAAACAGCUCGUCAACCCUAACUUGAUAUCCCUGAAGUGUCUCCUCUUCGUCUUCUUCAGCGGUUUGGGAUGCCUCUUCCCACUUCUGCCCCUGCACAUGGUGGCGACCGGCUUGACCAUGGACGAAAUCAGGCUGGUGUCCAUCAUCUCCGGCGCGGUCGCUAUCCUGGGUCCGCUGAUAGCGGGUCCGAUCGCUGAUAAACUCGCAGGUCGCCAGGGCUCCGAAGAUGGACCGUCGAACGGCCGCUACCUGAGGAUCAUGAUCGCCAUUACCUGCAUAUUGUCCGCGGCUAUCUAUGCUCUGCUGCUUCUGGUCCCUGUGGUGAACAGGAUAGACCUUCCCCAGGAGAGAAGACCCUCGGUGAAAUUCUCUUGCGACCGUGACGGCGCCAGGAUUCAUCAGGAAAGGUGCAGGGACACGAAAGCCUGCCACCGCUGGUCGGAGGAACGUCCUGGUCCGAUUCUCCUGGAGGAUUGCAAGUACACGUGCAAGUCCAUCGUCCCCAGGAAGACGCCCUUCGUCGUCCUGGAGGACGACCUGGUGACCCCUGGAGAGUCGACCCUCGACACCACCGAUUACCUCGAUCUGCCGGAAGGCAGCGGAGACACCGUCGUCAAUCCUCUGGAGGACAAGGAAUCACGGAUUCGCAGAAGAGAGCCGCGCUACGUCAUCGCCGAAAGUGAACCGCCUCAUCUCUGCUUCAAGGACGCUUCCGGAAACGCGGCUUGUCACGUCUACACGGAAUUUUCGGAGAAUUUCUCGAUAAACGCGAGUCUGAAGCAGGCUGUUAAUAACGACGACUUUAAACAAUGGUGCCAGUAUCCCGUGGGAGAGUACUUCAAUUGCCGCAUUCCCGGCGAGCUUGUCUCGACGAUGGCCGAGUUCAAUCAGAGCUGCACCGUCGAGUGCGACCUGGUCGACCCUUACACUCUUCAAGGAAGCGUCCUGUCGGAGAGUCAGUGCCGACAAGUGAUCGGCAACCCCGAAGUGACGUUCUGGAUGUACUUGACGAUCCGCUCCGUGGGUGACGUAUUUCCCACCGCGGGUGUGGCUUUGUUGAACGCGGCGAUAGUGAUAGCGACGAGGGAGACGUCCUGUGGACGCGGGGACGUAGGUCGUCAGCUGGCCUUUGGGUCCCUUGGGUUCGCCAUUUUUGGACCUCUGUCCGGGUACCUGACCUCGUUCGGCCCCGCGAAACCUGCAUUCUUGAUCCCGAUAUGCUUAUUCGCGGGAUUAAUGAUACUCGCGAGCAUCAUCGUCCUCUGUGCCAGCGACAUGCCGCUUACUCCGCCGGAGUGGUGGUGGCACACCCGAAGCGGGAUGUUGGCCCUGCCGAUGAGCGCCGUCAAGAGAUACGGCACCGAGACUGCGGCUCUGGUGUUCAUCCUCGUCGUCCUGGGGAUAUUUUGGAGCGUGAUGGACAGCUACCUGCCGCUCCACCUUGCAAACCUCAAAGGCGACGAACUCUCCAUCGGCCUGACCCUGACGAUAGGUGCGCUACCCGCGGUUCUGUUCCUCUGGAAGUCGGAGCACCUCGUCGACUACUGCGGUCACAGUAAUCUCCUCAUCACCGCCUUCACCAUUUAUAUCGUCCGAUUCACCGGGUUAAGUCUCGUCCCGGAUCCCUGGUGGGCUCUCAUCUUCGAGGCCCUGGAACUUUUCACUCUAGGCGUCAUGUGGGUCACGGCCAUCCUGUACCUAAGGCAUCUCGUACCUCGACAUUUGACCGUCACCGCCCAGGCCUUGCCAGUGAUCGCGCACUUCUGCGUCGGUAGAUCCAUAGGAGCCGCCAUCGGUGCUUACGUGGUCGUCGACGGCACAAACCCCGUGGACUCUUUACGAUUUGUCUACCGCUGCAUGGCGGCGGCUGCUGCCAUUGUUGCGAUCCUCUACUUCAUUUUGUACCAUGGUUUGCUGAAACCGAGGUGUCAUGCUCAAACCUCUCAUGGACCGCGACAACCUCCCACCAUAGUGCAAGCGAUGAACGGAAACGGCAAUUAUACCCCAUUGAGAGUCUAUCAUAAUGGUAUGGGUAGGAAAGGACAGUUUCGGUACUGAAUCGAAAUGGUGACAUCAGGAACGAAUUCUACGAUUAAGAGAUGCGGCAGUUACUUGCCGUGGAGGUCAUACCAAAAUCGUACGGAUGCUUUGUUUAACAUUUCCUCUUAAAAACCAACGGAGAAUAUGCGAGACUGUGAACAAAAAAAAAAAUCAUGAUAUUAAAUUAAAUCUAAUUUAAUUAGCACGUUAAAUUUAAGUUGGUCAUGAAAAUUACUUGAGCAAUUCUGCUUGUCUUCUGUCUGUUUUGCUACGAAAUAUUUUGACACUUUUGCAUUCGAUGGAGAGAGUGACGUCGAGCAACCAAGGCUCGUACAUAUAUUUCGAGUAUUAUAUUCUUAUUUAUAACGUUCGAUUGCUAGCAAUUUUCAUCCUAUCCGUUAUUAUACAUGGAGUUUAAAAGUCGCUAGUUAACUAAAGCAUUGCUUUGGUGCUUUACUGUGAUUGAAAAGAGUUUCAUUACAAGACAAAACAGAUAUAUAUAUAUACAAGAGGUAGUUAUAUAGAAUUUAAUAUAAAGAUGUGUAAGGAAAUAAUAUCGUAGCUUAAGCUCUUGUUGGGAGAUCAUUUUCUUUUUAAUGUAACCUCGUUAUCUGCACUAUUGCAUGAUAAGGGAAAACUGGAAAAUCGAUAUUUCAUGGAAAUAUGGAAGGAAAAUUUUUAGCACCUAAGAAAUCGACCAACGACGGAGUUUUAUGAGAUUUAAAAGCGACUUUAUAUUACAGAGGGUAAGGACAUACUGUGUAUGUACUGAUAUAUGAGAAUAAUAUAUGUAAUUCAGAGUAUGCAGCGAGUGGAUUAAGGAUGGAGUUUGCUUAUAAAUUUCGAGACUCUAUGGAGAUAUUAAGUGUAUACAAAAUGUCCUACGCGAAUCAACGCAUCUCGUGUAUACCUGUUGUAUGAUAAUUGUGCCGUGUAGCAUACAUCUAUAUAAUGUAGGUCUCUCUACACUGCCUGAAUUUUUUUUAAGAAUGAAUGGUAUCCAACUAACUUAAAAUACACCUUUCCGCAGUCAAUUUUUGGUAGACUUAACCUGGGAAGCAUACAAAUUUAAUGAAUUCGUAUUCGAGAUCAUGUUUGAACUUAACUUAUUUUGUUUAUACUUAUGCGAAUAUCAUUAACACAUUUUAAGUGAGACAUGAGACACCGAGUGAGUGCGUGUGUAAAUGCUUGUUCAACAUCACACUGUGUAUUUCUAGAGAUUGUUGCAUUUAGUGCGAGUAAAACAAUAUUUCAAGAAUGAAAAGGUUAUUGAAAUGCGUUGCCGCGAGAGUUUAAUAAAUCUAGGCAAGAAUGAAUUCAAAGAAAAAUGCGAGAAUUAUAAAUAAUUCGGUAAUAACGGACUGCUGGGAAACCUAUGUCAAUUUUUAUGUAUAUUUCAGAAGUUAUAUACUUCUUACGGCGUUCUGUACAUGAGUCAAUUUUAUUGAACUGUGCAGAAAGAUUUGAAAUAUAUUGUAGCGGAAGUAUUAAUCUAACGGUGCAUCGCUGUCGAUUAUAUUUACACGGUAUAGUCUUUUUUACAUUUACCAUUAAAUAGGGUGAAGCAGAUCUCGAGUGAAGUGGUAUUUUUUUCUACUUUUACAUAAAUAUUUCAUGAAACCAAUGCCUUCAUUCUUCAUAUAUUGUAUACAUACAAGUAGUAAUAUAAUAUAAUUAAUUCUUAUUUAUUUAAUCAAACCAUCCACUUUACCCCUCGGAGUCUGAUACACCUAUUCUAUGAUAACAAAGUACACGUGUGGUAAGCUGGCCAGGUGAAACUACAUUCCUUUUCCUUAGUCAGGGAUAUUCCUUACAAGACAACGAAGUAAGAGAUCUCGGUUACGUGCAAUUACCUAGAGCUGGAAUUGUAACAAAUCCAAUUGGUUCGGUCACUUCCACGGCACUGCUUAAAAUUGACAAAAGGUCAAGUACGCGAUUGCUCGUUCCAAUGAAUAAGUUGGCUAUUAAACCUUACCCACGGGUAAUCUUUUCUACCUGUAUAUUCAAGACUUACUUGAAUUGGAAUGUUUGUUUUCAACAAGUUAACUUAAUCUUAAGUUAAGAAAUUUAUGCAUCCCGAGAAGACGAGCCAUUUUGUGAACUUUAAUUGUAUUUCAACAACGAUGUUAACAAAUAAAUACUCGUGACGACA